UCAUAAUUUAUAUCUGAAUGGAUUACUUUAACGAAAGAUCGGGUCGAGUCUGAGGAAGACAAAGUGUAGUGAAAGAACCGCGAAAGCCAAGAACAUUCCACUCAACGUCUUCACACAUUUGAGAAUUUGAAAGGGAAGAAGAACCUACAAAGAUGAUUACAUUGAAAGAACUCUUUUUACAGAAUAGAAAAUUUUUUCGAUUUGUCGUGCUGACUUUAACCAGUCUCCUGUCAUUUGGGGCUAAUUACUGCUAUGAUAUGCCGGCCGUUUUACAAUAUACACUGCAAGAAAAUUGGUCAAACUGUACCAAUCCUGGCCAACAUCACAAAUGUUGUGAAGAAUGCUUAAGUCUCGGAGCCGACCGUUACAACCAGUUAUAUACAUCAUUUUCUUGGUCAAAUGCUUGUAUUGUGAUCUUCUCUGGAUUUCUCACGGACAGAUUCGGUCACAGCAUGUGUUCCCUGCUGUUCUCCUCUUCAAUUGUUGCUGGAGCUGGCCUCUUCACCCUUUCAGUCAUUUCCAAUUUACGGCGGGCGGUCGCUAUGUAUCCGUUGAUGUUAGUUGGCCGAAUGUUAUUAGGUAUCGGCAGUGGAUCUCUUCGAAUCGUUCAAGACAGAAUUGUAGCAUUUUGGUUUCAGAAGAAUGAACUAGCAACGGCCUAUGGCAUCAUUAUGGCAAUCGCUCGACUUGGUAGUGUGAUGAAUUUUUUAAUGACUAAAAACUUGGAAUAUCACUUUGGUUUAACCAAAACACUUUUUUUUGGUUUUUCUCUGUGUCUGUUCAGUCUUGGUUUGGCAUGUCUAUUGGCCAUGAUAGAAUAUUCAGUUAAAGACGACGACGACGACGGCACAACUCAGAACAAACAACAUAAAGUAGCCUCCCUGCGUGAUUUGAAACAGCUUUCUUGUCUUUAUUGGUUGAUAAACAUCUCCAGAUUGUUUUUCUUCAAUGCUGUGGUACAGUUCGUGGUGGAUUCGACGGAAUUUUUCCAAGACAAAUAUAAAAUAAGUCCUGAACGUUCAGCUUAUAUAAUCGGAGCAAUCUAUGAUGUCGGUAUGAUCUGUUCGCCUUUCGUUGGUUUUCUUGCGGAUUACACAAAAUCUGUGAAACGGAUGUUAUUUAUUGGUAUCCUCUCCCUGCUGCCCGUGUUUUUGGUGUUGGCUUAUACCGGCUUAAACACGAUUAUAUGCACCGUCUGGAUUGGAUUAAGUCUUACUGUCUGUGUGAUCUGUUACUGGCCGGUGAUGACCAAAGUAAUCCCGCCACAUUUACUUGGAUCUGGUCUAGGUAUCUGUACGUCUUUGACGGCAAUUGGUGUUGGAACUACAUCCUUUGUUGUCGGUAAAAUUCUUGAACAUGACGAAAGUGUAACUCUCCCAGAGAUGCUUCACCUUUGGCGGAUCACCAUGAUAUAUUUAACCAUGAAUGUUUUCAUGUCUUUCUUCUUCAUCUGUCUUUUCUUCCUCAAGGACAAGAAUCGGGUUGAACCUGAAUUCGUCCAUGCAAGGCUUCGUCCACGAGCCAAGUCCUGUAUUGAUAGGUUUGACAGACGCUUAAACAGGAACGGUUCAUACAACACAUUUGGAGACCUAAAACGCCCAGUGAGAUCAGUGUCCUGUGUAGGAUAUAUUUAACUACCGCAACUGGUCCUGUUUUCACCAGUUUACCGACACCUCAAUUAAGAUAGUUGUUUAUUUAUCGGUUCUAUCGCCCCUCAAAUUCUUUAUAAACGUAUUCUUGAAUAUGCUGUUUUAUUAUUUUUUUGUUCCGUUUUAAUUUCUGAGAGAAUAAUUAACAUUCCAUCUGAAGGUUACACCUCACGUGGACUUUUUUUCGUAUUAUGUCUUAAAUGUAAAAUGUUUCAUGAGAUAUCUGCCAUAUUAUCAAACCCAACCUGUUGUUCCUUUGUUAUUAUACACGUUAUGGUGACACCAUAACAGUGAGAGAAAUGUUAUAUUUUUAUAGUUGUUGCAGAAAAAAAAAAAAACAAACCCACAAAAAUUGAUUAAAUUGAUACAAAUUAGAUUCCGAAAUCCAGUUUCAGUUAUUUUUGUUUAAUUACGUUGUUCUGUUAACGAUAUCACACACAAAAAAACGUAUCGAGCAGCUUAUAAAACUCGUCAAAAUGUACAGAUUGUUAUAAUCAUAAAUGAAUCAAAUAUUUCAUUUAAUUCAUCCUAUUUUCAUCUAUUCAUUUAUUUUGGUAACUGUUAUACGCCAGGGUCCUUAUACUGUAAUGAAGCAACAGCUACCAUCUUAAACAGAAAUGUUAGCAAUCAUUUGAGUCGGCAGCGGAGACGUCUUAUUCGUACAGCAGUUUUCACGGGAGACAACUUUAUACUCAGAGGAGAUAACUUGUGUCAAUAUCAUGAUUUUUUUUUUUUAUCCCGAUUUCUAUUUAGUUCCGUUUCCAUACGGUACCAAUCACCGACAUCAAUAUUAUCGAUGAGAAAGGAAUUUUGCGUUUUUAUUGUUUCAUGAAAUUUACUAAAUUAAUGCCAAUUAUUACUUUCAAAGCCAAGUUUCAAUCAUUUUGUUAAUUACUUCAUUAUUUCUG